AGGUUACAUUACGAAAUGUUUGUAUCAAUUAUGAAAUGUUUGCUAAUAAUUAUGACAUGUUGGCAACGAAUUAAGAUAUGUUCCCUUCUAUUUUUUUUUUUCUUCUUCUCCCCUUUCAGGUGUUCUGAACGCAAGUACGAUGCCAAUAAAUUUCACAAGCGUGUUGCGUCUUUUCCAUUUGAUGACCAUUGUCCACCUGAAGUGGAGCUUAUCCGAUCCUUCUGUCACGAUCUUGACCAGUGGCUUUCAAAAGAUGAACAAAAUGUUGGCGCAAUACACUGUAAAGCCGGAAAGGGUAGAACUGGGGUGAUGAUUUGUUCCUACUUACUACACCGACAGAAAUUCUGUAGUGCCAAAGAGGCAUUAGAUUUUUACGGAGACACUCGUACUUGUGAUAAAAAGGGUGUAACGAUCCCGAGUCAGAGACGUUAUGUGGAAUAUUAUGAAUUUUUAUUGAAAAACAGCAUCGUUUAUAAACCUGUAAUACUGCUUUUACAAAAUAUACGUUUUGAAACUGUUCCAAUGUUCACUAAUGGAUCCUGCUCUCCAUACUUUGUAAUCUACCACUCCAAAAUUAGAUUGUGUGCCUCCCAAGUAUAUGAACAGGUGAAAAAAGGCAUCUGUUUUUUUGAUAUGGAACUUCAUAAGCAGCAGCCAGUCUGCAGUGAUAUAAAGAUAGAAUUUUUUAAUAAGCCUAAACGAAUGAAAAAGGUAAGACUUCCUGACGGUCAGUUUUUUUUCCACUUCAUGAUUAAUUGUCUUACCUGUUAUUUUUUUUUUUCUCUACAUCAGGUGAAACUAUACUUCAGUACUUGUAAUCAGAACACAACUUUCGACUCAGUGCCAAUGAAGAGUAGAAGCACAGAGAACUUACCGUCCCACCAGACCAAGCAUGAUCCGACGCUGAAUCCAAGCACGUCUAGCAACGUCCCACAGAGCCGCAGCGUCGUCAGCAGCAUGAAUUCUCUAAGCAUGAACGAGCGAACGUCGAACGUGUUCAACUCACAUCGGACGAACAUGAGCACGUGUUCGAGCGUCGGACUGGGCAGCGAUGGCACAUCCAUCACGGGCAGCACAGAUGCGAUGUCGGCUGACAGCCUUAGCGACAACGACGAGGUGAUCGACGAGAAUCUAUCGGACACUGAAAGCGACGAUGAAUGGGAAGGUUUGGAAACAACCCAGGUGUGAUAUUUAGUGGUGCGAUGGAGGUGAAAGCGAGAGCAUUGUACAAAUCCCAUAACGAUAAACAAGGAGUUGAUAUAAAAAAAAAAAAAGGAAUGAGUUAUAAAUAAUAAUAAUAAUGACAAUGAUAAAAUGAGAAAGUUAAAGAAAAACACUACAGAAACCGUUAUUUGGCGGCAGUGAAACGUGCCAAAGUUAGCACAACCACUCACAGAUAUGUGAAAAUAUCUGAUUAGAGAGUGGAUGGUCCAAUUAAAUAAAAAAAAACAAAACAGAAAACAAAACAAAACAAGGAAAUAAGCAACAAAAAAAAAGGAAGAAAAAAGAAAUAAUUUUUAUUUUUAAUUUUUAAAAAAUUUUUAAAGCUAAAAAAAAAAUUUUUUUUUUCUCUUUUUUUUCCAUUUUUUUUUUGUUUUUUUGUAAAAAAAAUAAUAUAAUAAUAAUUCCUUAUCCGACAUAUGUGUUUGUAGGUCGGACACAGCAGCAUGUUAUCUGAGUGUGUGUGUAUGUAUGUACGUAUGUGUGUGUGUGCGCGCACGUGUGUAUAUUAGAGAGUGAGAGAGCGCAGCCAUUGGUGCAUUGGUGUGUAUUGAAUAUGCGAUAAUUGGAUGACCAGUUAUAUAGACAUAUACUAAUAUGUAUGCAUUCAUAUGUAUUUGUAUAUAUACACAUAUAAGCUUGUAUAUGUGCAUGUGUAUCUAAUAUAUAUAUAUAUAUAUAUAUAAUUUACACACACACUUGUAUAUACUUAUGUGUAUAUAAAUAUUCCGGUGUGUGUGUGUGUGUGCGUGCGUGCGCGCAUUUGCUUGCAUUUAUGCAUAUAUAGACCAGACGUGUGUAUAUAUAAACGUGCAUGUCUAUACACACACACACACACACAUACGUGUACAUGCAUUUGUAUGAAAUUACAUAUAUAUUCCUGUAUAUAUAAAAUGCACACACACACACAUACAUAUGCGUUUGUGUGUGUGUGUGUGUGUAAGGCGUACGAGAUUGAGAGACGAAGAGAGCUGGAGACGAGAAAGUAAUCAACCACCCCCGUCCCAUCACAGUGGACUGAACCACACCUCCUGCGCCCACCCACAACCUCUCUGUCCCCCCACCUCCCCCCUGAAGACAUCCUCCACAAAAAAAAAACACAA